CUGUCAGCUGUCAUGUCCAUCGCUGAGAAGCUUUUAGCUAUAGAAAAAGAACAAAGCACUCUAUUAUCUACGAUACAAUUUGAAGAAAAAGUCAGUUAUAUUUACAAUCCAUUAGAUUAUGCUAAAGAGCCACAUGAAUGUUAUGUCCAAAAAUAUUGUAAUUCGGAAAAAAAAGUAUUGUUCUUAGGUAUGAAUCCCGGACCUUUCGGAAUGGCACAAAAUGGGGUACCAUUUGGUGAUUCAACUUAUGUGAAUAACUGGUUACAAAUAGAAGGAAAUGUACUUAAGCCAGAAAGAGAACAUCCUAAAAGACAAAUCCAAGGUUUAAACUGCAAAAGAUCAGAGGUCAGUGGAAGUCGAUUUUGGUCCUUUUUAAAAGAUGUGUGUGGAGAGCCAGCAAGAUUCUUUAGGCACUGCUAUGUUCACAAUUACUGUCCCAUUUCUAUGAUGACGGAAACAGCGAAAAAUGUCACCCCUGCCGAUCUAAAAUCACCUGCUAAGAAGCAAAUAAUUGAUAUUUGUGAUGAAUCUUUAUUCAAAGUACUAACAUUAUUGAAUAUAAAAUUUAUUGUGGGGAUCGGUAAGUUUGCUGAAGUGCGAGCAUCUCAAGUAGUUAAGUCAUAUUCAUUAGAUGUUACAGUAGUAGGUAUUAUGCAUCCUAGUCCAAUAAAUCCAGCAGCAAACAAAGGAUGGAAAGAUAUUGUGUCUGAACAACUGAAAACUUGCGGAAUAGUAAAUUAUUUAUUAUGUGUAUAACCAACAUUUGAACUGUACACAUGUUGAAAAUUUUUCAUGUUGUUUUCCAUGCCAUCAUUUUAUAUUUUCAUUCAUAGAAAGAAUGCUAAUUAGUUAGUGAAAGUUUGAUUUUGCGUGAAACAAAAUGUGGCAGAACAGUUUUGUGCUAUACAAAAAAAAAAGAAGAAGAAUCUAUUUCAAUAAGGUUACUUAUAUUCCAAAGCGCAUGACUUUUUGCAUUGAUAAAGAGGUUCUUUGUAAUCCUGAAACAAGCUACGUAAUAUUUUUGUAUUACAAUGUUGCUCUUACUCAUUUAAACACUAUGUAUUAGAAAUAAACUUAGACAAUAUUGACAUUUUAAUGAGAAUUUCGAAUGUGUUGUGCUGCAACUUUUAACUAUAAUCAAAAACAGCUUGACUUGUCAUUGCAUUACUAUUCUGUGGUCAGCUUACAUUAUUGUGUUUAAUAAUGGUUUAUAGCAAAUAAUUAAUAGUAAAUAAAUAAAUAAAGAAAAAAAAACAUCUUACUGUCAGCUGUCAAUUAGUCACUUCAAAAAAAAAAAAAUCAAAUGUAAUAUUGUAUAACCUUGAAUUUCACUAGCCUCCAGAUAUAACAUGCAUGAAAACAAGACUUCCUUUAUUAAAAAAAAAAAAAAAAAGAGCUAUCAAGAUGGCUUAUUGCCCGAUGUUUCUCCUUGCCAUGUAUCGUCUUUGUGAUUGAAGAUAGCAAGUCAAUUGAUCCAUUGUUUCCUUUGUGGUUGGUUGAUACUGAUCUAUUACUUUAUGGGAUGAGUGAACUGUAUGUUGGCAUAGUAAGUAUGAAUAAUGAUUCAUUAAAACACAUCUGAAGAAUUUCUUAUACUAAAUAUAUUUAAAUGAAUACCUUAAAGAGUG